GACAGUAUUUGAGAAUGAAGCUUUUCGGUCCGAAAUCUCAUUGCUUCAACCUGUUAAUCUGGAAGUUGUUGUUGAACGCAAUUUGUCUGCUGCUUGGUACCAUGAUAUUCCUGAUAUUAAAAUUCUUGGAACUCUGAAACCCCUACAUGCUACGCUCAGCCAAGAUGAUUUGAUCAUCAUAUUGAAAUCUCUGAAUGAAAAUUUGGGUGAUAAUUCUGUUGACGUUGUACCUGUACAAACUGAGAGGAAUAGUUCAAGUCCUUCUCCAAGUUCUGCAGGAAGAACUGUGGUAACGGCAGCUGUUGUAGAAACACACAAACCUCUCAGAGUUAAAACAACACUGAAGUUGGAUUUCAAAUUGGAUGAAAUUUCAUUGAUACUCUACAGUCAGUCCUUGAACCCGUUGAAUCUUGCUAAAGAACGGAGAUCUGAAGAGGACCAACUAGCAGAGUUCAAAUUACAUAAACUUUCCAGUUCAUUCAAGAUGCUCUCUGAUGGAUCCAUGAAUGCUGCUGUGAAACUUUUUAACUGUAUGCUAGAUGAUAAGCGAAAGGCAAUACAGAAAGCCACAUCAAGAAUGAUAGAAAUGAAGCUAGGAGUUGCAAAGAAUGCAAUGAUAGACUUCAACUACAAACAAAGAAGAGAAGGAAUGCUUCUAGAUGCAACUAUACGUGAUAUUUAUGUUUGUGCAAGUAUGGAAUUUCUACUCACAGUGGCUGACUUUUUUGUCAAGGCAAAUGACCAGAUCUCUACAGCUCCAGUGAAUAAACCAACUGUCAUGACUUCAAAAGAAAAAGUACCAUCGCAAGCUGUGUCCAAAAUGGAGCUUAGUGUUCACGUUCAGAAUCCAGAGAUUGUCUUUGUGGCAGAUUUGACAAGAGCGGAUGCCCCCUCACUUGUGGUGACUGCACAAUGUGAAGCAGACAUAAAUAAUGAUCCAGAACUUCAACAGAUAACUGCAACUGUUAAAGAUCUCAAAGUUAUGGCCUGUCCAUUCCUAAAAGAAAAGAGAAAAGAUCAUGUUACCACGAUCUUGCAGCCUUGCAGUUUGUUUUUCCAACGUACACAAGCAACGUCUGGUCCUAGUUUCUUGGAAUUGGCAGUGAAAUCACUAAUGCUCAAAGUAUCUCCUGUUAUCAUUAACACAGUGAUUACAAUCACAUCUGCCUUAAAUCCUGCUGUUGAUAGUCCACUUGAAAAAGACAGUGAAAUACCACCUGACUUGUGGAAUAAGAAGAAUGUGAAAGACUUAAAAUUCUGGUUUUUGGAGAAUAAUAAAAAUAAUGAAAGUAAAAAUGCCCCAACAACACAAUUAGAAUCGACAGGAGAGAAUCUGAAAAUGACAGUGGACUUUAUUUGUUUGACACUUGAAGCAGGUGUUGGACAUAGAACUGUUCCAAUGCUUCUGGCAAAGUCGACUUUUAAAGGGGAUGUGAAAAACUGGAGCACAUUCAUUAAUCUUCGUUGUCAUCUCAACUUAGAG